CUGGAUCGCGCUUAAAAGCAGGCCAGAUACCAAUAAAUUGCUAUCUGCAUUUAUAAACAACUAUAAAAAUAACUGUACCGAGAAACUGAUGGGCAUUGUAGGCCUAUUUGCAGUCAUAAAACUUUGAAAACAGGAGUAGUUUAAGACGGCAACAACCCACUUUAGUCUCAUCUGCCUCUGAAGCAGUUGUUAAACUUUUUCCCCCUSCAUUUCUCAUGUAAGAAAUUAUUCAGAACCCACUACAAAAUAGGCUGAAAUAUUACUGAAGCUCGCCAACAGGAAAUCCAAACACACCCCAAGGCAGCCGAGCCGGUAGCAGAAAAUAUCCACAGAUCUAAACAAGCAGGUUUAUGUGGAAACAAACAGUAAAUGAGUUGAAUGAAAACAAAAACACAGCUGCCUUCAUUUCUAUUCCCAGCUAUUUCAGGAGUUUUAUUUUGAGACCCGAGGAAACAGUUUUCACAUUUGUCUGAAAGAAGUUAUGCAGUACAAUGUCGCCCUCAAGUGGACAACAGCGGCAUUACAGUCUCAUGAAGGCUGAAAAUAGUUAAGUUUCGAUUUCUAGUCAGCUGAAACGAAACCGAGCUGCUUCCAAAAACAAACAGGGCCUAAAGGCGAUGGACGCCGAGGUUUUAAAGUUUAUCUGCGCCAAUCAAGGAGCAGUAGAUGCGGAUGUUUUGAUGUUUAAUCUGUACUCGGGCGCGUCGGCGAAUGAGGUCAUUGCCAACAAAAAUAAUUUCGUCUUGUAUUCUUGGAAMGGGCAGCAGAAAGUGGUGGCCAGGACUGGCCUGAAGCUGUGCAGAGUUAAAGACUGUCUCGGGUCGUGGUGCGGARAUCUGCACCUGUGUAAAAACUUCCUCUUCAGCGGGCUGUGUCCGAGAAGAAUCUGCAGUUUCUGCCAUGAUUUGGACUCUGGCUACAACCAGUGGUUACUGAAACACCAUGAGCUGGAUCAUUUAAGCAGGGCAGAGUUGAGCACUCUGCUGCUCCAGAGUGACACCACACUCCUACCUCCUAUUUGUAAUGAAUACAAUACAGGUAAUGAUGAAUUCGGCUGCUGUCAGAGUGGUAUGGCUUGUUCAAGACUUCACAUCUGUAAGAAGUACCUGAGUCAAGACUGCAGAUGCUCCAAAAUCCAUGACUUUUAUGCUCCCCAGCCAUUAAAAAGCCUGUAUGAUAAAGGGGUGCCUGAUACUCUCAUUUGCUCUUUAAGGUCCGUUUAUGCAAAUAGAGAGGCCCUGAGACUCUUUAACAGACAAAGCUCUGCUGCCCCGACCAGCACUAAUGCAACAACUGAGGUUGGUGGAAAUUUAACCCAGAGGCAUGGAGCGAGAGAAAGAGGUGGCAAAAAGGGCCAGUGGGGCCAUAAAGGCAACAGUGGAAACAGAGGAAAACCACACCAGCAACAAMAAACCACCUCGUGUAGUGGCAUCUUGGGUAACACCGAUCCAUCCAGUAAAAAGGGACUGAGUGAAGACGACAAUGUGCCACAMGAACUCAACUCAUCCAGGAGUCUCUCUGCUGCUGGGAAUGACACCAGUGCAGAAAGUACUGAUAAACAGAAAGUAAAACAGAGGCRCCCAAGGCGAGGAAAAAGAGGCGGUAAAAGUGGUGACAGCAAAGGAAAUAAGGCCAACCUAGAGAACCCACUACAGCAACAAACUGCUUCUAAUGAUGUUCAUGCAAAUGAUGCCUYAGAUCUCAACAUUGAAGCAACAAAUGGAGACAAACAGCAGCAAGAUCCUAAUUCACCCAACUGUGACACUGCUGUUGGCAAAGACCCCGAUCCAGAGAGAGACAAUGGCGGCAAUGUUCCACAGAUGCAAAGAAAUCAAGACACAGAAAAAGGUGGCAGCAGGCAAAAUGAAGCAAAGCUUGAGAACCCACUGCUGCAGCAAAAAACUGCUUCACCUAAUGAUGUCCUUGCAAGCAAAGGCCUAAAACAGGACCAACAGCAGCAAGAUCCUAAUUCACCCAACAGGGAUUCCUCUGCUGUUGAAGACACCAAUGCAAAAAGCAACAAUGGCUUCAAUGUAGGACAGAAUCAGUGGAAUCAAGGAACAGGGGUCAAUGAGGCAAAUGCAGGAAAAUCACAACAGCAGCAACAAGCGUCUACACUAGAUGAUGCCUUAGCUAAAUUUGGUAGCUUAGAUUUGCUCAACAAAGAUGGACUGAAGAAAGUGGACAAUCAGAAGCUAGGUCUUAAACCAUCCAAAAUUAAUGCCUCUGCUGGUGGAAAAGACACAGAUGCGAGCAACAACAGUGRUCAGAGUUGGCAGCAGGUAGAGGAUGUGAAACAAAGUUCAGCUUCAGGAAGAGGCUACGAACAGGAUGAUCAGCAGCAGCUCYACAGAUCCUGUUCCACUCAUGUCUCUGCUGCUGCCAGCAAAGCUGGAAAUGUUGGAGAUGUGCAGAAGACAAAACAAAAUCCUGUGAAAGAUAAAACUGAGAUAUGCGUUUACUACAUUACAGGAAACUGUAAGCAUGAAAAUCGAUGUGAUAAAGCUCAUGAAAAGAUGCCAUACAGAUGGCAGGUUCUGCUGGGUGAUUUCUGGACAGAUCUGCCUCAAAACGAGACCAUUGAGAAGGACUACUGUGACCCCAAGAACACAUACAGCAGCAGCAUCUUUCCAACUGUACAUUUUAACACAAUGACAUGUGGACUGAACAAAGUUAGACGACUUUCGACUCCAAACUCUCUGGUUGAACCGGACCUUCUCCACACCACAGAGUGGCUCUGGUACUGGCAGGAUGAAUUUGGAAAGUGGAAUCCGUACAGCUCAUAUACCAGAGGACAUGGAUCAGCAGACAUCACCAGCUCAGAGCUGGAGCAGAAGUUUCUAAACAAUGAUAAAGACGUGGUGAAUUUUACUGUUGGCUCACAGCCGUAUUCACUCAGUUUCCAGGACAUGAAACAAACAAACCAGCGGUACAGCACCAAGAAAUCCGUYACUAGACGUGCUCUUUUUGUCUCUGCUGAAGAUGUCAAAACCAAGAAAGUGAGAAAGUCUCCAAAUUCCACGUCUGUGCCAGACAACUGGGACAAAACACAGAUCCUACCAACAGAACCCUUGAAUGUCGCCCUUCAGCCCACUUCAGAAGAAUAUCUAAAGAUCGCAGCUCUUUUCUAUUCAACCAUGUGGAAAUUUGAGAUCAUUAAGAUUGAAYGAAUUCAAAAUAAAGCACUUUGGGAAGUGUUUCAGUGGCAGAAGAAUCUGAUGAAGAACAAAAAUGRUGGAUGUGAUGUGGCAGAAAAACAGCUUUUUCACGGCACUGACUCUGAACAUGUGGACGAYAUCUGCCGUGAAAACUUUGACUGGAGGAUCUGUGGGAUUCAUGGAACAGUUUAUGGCAAAGGUAGUUACUUUGCACGGGAUGCCUCUUAUUCCCACGCUUACACCGGAAACACAAAUGUCAGAUCCAUGUUCAUUGCCCGGGUCCUGGUGGGGAGCUACACCAAAGGCGCCCCCAGCUACCUCAAGCCUCCUUUGAAAGAUGGAAGAAACAAAAUCUUUUACGACAGCUGCGUGGACAGUGUCAUAGAUCCUUCUAUAUUUGUUGUGUUUGAGAAGCACCAGAUCUACCCCGAGUACCUGAUUCAGUACAUGACCUCAGAUCCAGUAGGUAAUUUUGUCAGUCCUGCACAACCAACCAAUCAGUGUGUCAUAGCUUAAUGACAAAAGUAAAGAAGGUGGGUGUUAACCUUUGAAGGUGCUUAAGAAAGCCUGGGUGUUUCCCUAAAGUUAUUYGUUUCACAAUUUGUGWUUAAAAGGAAAAGAAAACCUGACARUAGUAACUAGAGUGGUUUGAAUGCUUGUUUAGCAUCAUCAUUUUUUCCCUUUGAUUUAAUAAGUUGAAAACUCUCUUGAAAACCAUUAAAAACACACCCAUUGACAUGGUCUUUAGAAACUUUUGUCCAUGUCUAAUCCCCAAAUAAGCAAGUCUUCAUUGGCAUUAUUUACUGAGAGUAUUCCUUGGGAUUUCACUCUCAGUUCUUUGUAUACCAUGAAAUACCCAACCAGUACAACCAGCACAAAGCUGGACUGCUGGGUCAUUGAGCUUGGUAACCAGUACGAAUGUUACCAUAGUACAACACAGAACACCAGAUAUUCUGUCUUGACUCCACAAUCUGUCCUGUUUGAAGUAUUUAAUGGCAUUUGAGGAGUAAAGGUACAACAAAGGAGUUAUCAAGAGUCUAUUGUGCAAAAAAGAAACUUGUUUAAAGUCAAGAUACAAAUAUUUUAUCGUCAUCCAAUCAAAUCAAUAAAAUAUCGUAUCGUGAUAAAAUUGGUGAUUUACACCCCUAUUUGAAAAAAAGGACCAAGUCAGUGUGUGGAAUUUUAUUAAUCCUUGUUAUGCCUGUGAGCCACCAAGGAAGGUAUAGUGACGUCACCACCAUAGUUACCAUACAGUGUCACUCCAUUCUGAUUUAUUUUGUGGAAAGGGCUUAGGUCAACCUACAGAAAAUAAAAGUAUGUACAUAUGUGACCUGCCCUUUACCAUCAGCUACAGGACAGCAAAUAGCACUUUAAUUUAAAAUAAGCCAAAAUAAAUAUCAAACUAUGCAGUUCCUGUACCUGAUUAUUGUUCAGAUCAUAGGGUCUACAGCAGUGUUUCCCAAAGUUGGGGUCGGGAC